AUGCAAAUCGGACAGGAAAAAGACCAGGAGGAUAGCAGCGACUACGGAUCCGACUUUACGCCCGACGAGGAGGUGCUGUUAACCCAGCUGCUUGAACGCGCGGACCACCACCAGCAGACCCAACCUGCGACUCCUCCCCGACAAACAACUCUAGCUGAUUCGGCGGCGGCGCAGCUGAGUGAUCUCAAGGAACCUCUGCUGGUCACCGAUAUUGAAGAUAAUGAGAUACCCCAUUCUGCGCGUAUCCCAAAGGUGCUGGGUCGCGAGACAUGGAGUCCUGCGGCCAAGCGGCGGCAGCAGCAACAGCAGCAGCAACUACAACAUUCAAAACUGCUAUCGAGUCCUUCAAAGGCUCCAGAGCACGAGCUCCCUCCGAUCAGUGUUGAACACCCGACAUCCACAGAAGGCAGACAUCGUGACCUAGAGAGACAGCAGACGCGGGAAAAACAGUGGACGGCGGAAGAACAGGCCAAGACAGUUACGCAGAUAACUCAAAAUAAUCCCGCCGAGAAAACGCCCCUGCAGCGAUUUCGCAAACCGCCGAACAAGGCCCUCUCGGUCUCGGACUUGAUCGCCCCGGCCUGGUGCGAGUUGCAGUACUGGUACACCCUUACAAAAUUUGGACGGAAACGGAGGACGCCAGCAAUGAAACAGGGCACCGCUGUGCACAAAGUCCUGGAGGAAGAGGUGCACGUCACAGUGCCCGUCGAGAUCACGACCAAGGAGGAUGGCUGGGCGCUGAGGAUAUGGAAUAUCAUCCAGGGUCUUCGAACCCUCCGCGAAUAUGGCAUGACUCGAGAACUGGAGAUUUGGGGAUGCAUCGAUGGUGAGAUCGUGACGGGCAUUAUUGAUCAGCUCUCUUAUAUCUGCCCGGACUCGGAAUUGGAGGCAUCUGCCGAUGUAUUCUAUGCAGACGCGGAUGCGGCGAAGGCGGCUUUGCCGGAAUAUCAAAUGUCCAUCACGGACUACCUUUUGUCGCCGUCUCGGGGUGGGAAGAGAUUAGAUGACAUGGGGUGGAGCCAAGUCGUUGAACCUGUGGAAAAAGAGGAUGAAGAACCGACCGAUCUCGAGUCCUCAUAUGUCGACGUUCCGAGAAUCUACCUCACAGACAUCAAAACGCGUGCCAGUCGAUCAGUCCCAACAGUCUCCAGCACCUCUUUUCGCCCAACACACCUGCAGUUGCAGCUAUACUACCACAUGCUCAACCGGCUGGUGACGAGCGACGACGUGACGAUCGAAACAAUAGCCCAGCGUUACGACUUGGACACGGAGCGCGUAUUUACCGAUGGAUUUCUUGCCGAAGUUGGAGGACUGAAUGAUCAAUUUUUCGACGCUUUGUCUUCGCAAGAGUCAGACCCGGAUUAUGUGCCUGGCGCAAGCCAGGAUUCAAUGAGCAUUUUGCUUUCCCAUAAUAAUCUAGCUAGCCUCUGGAAGCUAAUGAAACGACAACUUCGCUACACGUUCCUCCCCGCCAAGGAAAAUCAAAACAUCGCCCCCUCUGUACCUGCGCAGUCGCAGCCAAAGUUCCUCGAGUCUUAUCCCACGGUGAUUUCCCCAGUUCUGACGGCCAAAUACCUUUCUUCGACGCAAGCAGAGGAUGGCGUACCGACUGAGCUGGGCAGCCGUUCUUUUCUCUUUGACCCGUCCGACCUAACAUCUUACUCGUCCGACCAGUUGAACUGGUGGCGAGGCGAACGCGCGCCGCGCGGAGUCGAGGUGACAGAUGCUUGGAAAUGUCGAAUCUGUGAGUUCCGCGACGAAUGCGACUGGCGCAAGAGCAAAGAGCGUGAGCUGGCUACGCGGCGAAGACGAUUGCAGAAGACUAGCAUAGAUACGCUGGGUGCAGCGUGA